AUGGGAACUAAAGCAUCAAAGCAGGAAAUAAUAUCUUUAAAGCAAAACAAUUUCUUCAAGAGAGCAGAAGGAAUCAAAAGAGCGAAGAUGCCUUCUCAAAUCUCAGGCAGAUCAUCAGAUACAGUAAGGAAUGGACUAGUGGCAGGAGAUGCAACUCCUCCAUUAUCUCCUAGAAAUCAUAAAUCAACCCCGAAAAAUAAUUUUGUGAAGACCCAAAAAAUUUUAAAAGCCUUUGUUUUCAACCAUGCAAUAAAAAUAAAAUCAGGAAAUUUUCUCUAUUGAGCAUUUUAUGACUAUGAGAUUUGGUAUUUAUAGAGAAUAUUAGGUUAUCAACAGCAAAAGUGCACAGAUUUGUGAUCAUUUGAGCAUUUUGAAAGGUUCAAGGGUUAAUGCUUUACGCAGCUGAGAAGGUUACCUUUAAGUGGAGCGCAUGCAGGAGCCAAGUUGCAUUGCUCAGGAGUGAUACUCGCCUACUAAGAAGUAAAAUUAUAAUUUUGGUCAAUGUGGAAUAUUAUUUUAAGUAACAAAAUUCCUCUUAAAUAUACAGUUGGCUUAAUCCCUAUUUUUGAGAGUUAUUGCUAAGACAAUUUUAAACACCUCAUUAAUCUUAAUCUCAUUUCGACCAUAUUGAUAUUUUUCAAAAACAUAGAGAGAAAUCCGUAGAAAGCAUUGAUAUAACGAAAGCAAGAAUGUUUUUGCGAAAACCAAGAAAAAGACAAAUAAGCCAGUUAUCAUCAGUCCCAAGCCCAAUAUUAGAGCCAAGUCCUCCUCCAAUAAAGAAAAAUAAAAUAAUGGUAUGCAUUUUUUCUUUGAUUGCCAAUAAUUUUACAGAGCAAUAACCUUCUUAAAUUAUAUUAAAUUUAAAUUAAAAAUGCCAAGCAAUUAAAGAGAAAACGCUAUACUUGAUUCAGACCGUUCCACUUCUGAUUCUGCAAGAUUAGGAGAUAUUUUUGAGCAUCCUCAGAAAAUCCACCAAAAAAGAAAAGAAAAACUUGGGAAAUCUCACGCAAAAAAUACGAAGGCAGGUUCAAUGGCAUUGCCUUUUUGAUAGUGUUCAUUUUACCAAGUAUUUUUGGCCGAAAAUUGGUUGAAACUUUUUUAUAGUGAGACAUUUGACUGAAAAACCCGUUAAUUUUGGACCAAAUGUCAAAAUUUUGCACCAAAUGCAUUUCGAUGAAAUAUACACUGUCAAAAUUCACCGUCAUUUGGCAUGGAGCCAAAAAAUACAUCAAUAAAGUAUAUUAGCUUUGCCCCUAGAUCAUUAUCACCGAAAUCAUCUGAUACUUCUGGACUAAGUAGUAAAAAAGAUACAAGCUUUUUUGAGACUAGAAAUGGGGCGAUCUCGUUUUUAAAAUUAAUUAAAGAUAAAACAGAAACAAAUUUUUUAUCCGAAAGCAAAUUUCUUUUUGCCCCAAAUGUUCAGACACAAAUUCCAAUAGAUUCUCAGUCGCAAUCUCCAUCACGAAAAUCUACUAUUCCUGCUGUUUCUCCUGCAUCAGUUAGAACUGUUAGGCUAAGAGGAAGAUCGAAACAAAAAAGUGACGCAACUCCAGAAAAUUUUGACAAAAUUGACUUAAAAAAUCCACGAAAAAGCAAUUGGACAUGGAAAUCGUCAACUGGAAGAAUAAUUUUGGGAUAA